CGGCGGGCUCUCUAUGGCCCGGCGGGGCGCGGAGGCGGGGGCGCGGCGCCGAGGGGGCCCGGCCGGCGGCGACGCCGAGGCCCGAUGGAGCCGGCGGCGGCUCUUCCGCCUGGAGCUGAGCGCCGCUCCCCGCCUGUCUUCUCGACCCGGCGGCGGGACCGCGAGCUGCUCCCGGCUCCGCGGGCGGCCCUGAGGGGGUCCUGAGGGCCCCGCGCCCGCCGGCAUAGGCUCCCGCCGGCUCACCGGCUUCUCUCCCCGCAGCGCCGGCUCCCGGGCCGACCCCAGCAUCCGGGCCGCUUCCCGAGGACCCAGGCGACCCCGCCGCGAGACCCCGGGCAACCGCCCCCACGAGCACCCGGGCGCCCCCCGCGACGACCCGGGCCGCCCCCCGGGGCCGGGCGCCCUCGGGAUGGACGAGGACAGCCUGCAGGCCGCCCUGCAGGCCCACGGCGCGCAGCUGCGGCAGGUGGAGCGGGCCCUGCGCGCCGGCCUGGACGCCUCCGAGCUGGCCGACCUGCGCCGGCUGCAGCGGGACCUCCGCGAGCUGAUCGCGCUCACGGAGGCCAGCCUGGCGUCCGUCAGGCAGAGCAAGCUGCUGGCCGCGCUGGACGGCGAGCGCGCGGCGCAGGACGAGGCCGAGCGCCCGGCCUUCCCGGCCGGCGCCGCGCUGAGCGGGCGCACGGUGAGCGCGCCCUACCGCAGCCCGUGGGGCGCGCUGGAAUACCACGGCGCCAUGGUGGUGGGCGCCGAGGCGGCGGCGGGCGGCGCGGCGGGCGUGCGCGUGCUCUACCUCUACCCCACGCACCGCGCGCUCAAGCCCUGCCCGUUCUUCCUGGAGGGCCGCUGCCGCUUCCAGGAGAGCUGCAGGUUCUCCCAUGGGCAGGUGGUCUCUGUGGAUGAGCUGCGCCCCUUCCAAGACCCAGACCUGAGCUCUCUGAAGGCUGGCUCUGCAUGUCUGGCCAAGCAGCAAGACGGCCUCUGGCACCCAGCGCGGAUCACUGAUGUGGACAGUGGCUACUACACAGUCAAGUUUGACUCACUGCUGCUGAAGGAAGCCGUGGUAGAGGGGGACAGCAUCCUGCCCCCACUGCGCACAGAGCCUGCAGGGUCCUCUGACUCAGACAGCAGCGACCCAGAUGACCCCAGUUAUGCCAGAGUGAUGGAGCCUGGUGCUGCCGACCAUGGGACCUGCAGCUCUGCCUUCGCUGGCUGGGAGGUGCACACACGGGGUAUUGGCUCCAGACUCCUUGCCAAGAUGGGCUACGAGUUUGGCAAGGGUCUGGGUCGACACUCCGAGGGCCGGGUGGAGCCCAUCCACGCCGUGGUGCUGCCUCGAGGGAAGUCACUGGACCAGUGUGCAGAGAUACUGCAGAAGAGGGCCAAAGGCAGCAAGGCUGGCACCAGCAGCCUCCCAAAAUGCCCAGGGAGAGGGGGCAGGCCUAGGGGCCGCCCACCCCCACGUAGCGUGUUUGACUUUCUGAAUGAGAAGCUGCAGGGCCAGGACCCUGAGGCCCUGGAGGCUGGGGCAGCUCCCCCGGGCAGGAAGAGCCGCACAGAAACGUACCGAGGCACCACGAGCACCAAGCGGGCCCUGAGCCUGCAGCUUUUCCAGACUGAGGAGAAGAUUGAGCAGACCCAGCGGGACAUCCGGGGCAUUCAGGAGGCCCUUGCCCGCAACACAGGCCGGCACAGCGUGAUGGUGGCCCAGCUGCAGGAGAAGCUGGCGGGAGCCCGGCGGCAGCUGGGGCAGCUCCGGGCCCAGGAGGCAGGCCUGCAGCAGGAGCAGAGGAAGGCAGACACCCACAAGAAGAUGACUGAGUUCUAGAGCCCCUGCGCGCACACUGGCUGAGCCCAGAGACCCCUGCUCCCGGCUGCCUCAGGAAGACCAGCUGUUGCCCAGCAACCAGGAUGCCACCAGAAGAGGGGCUAGCCUCCACAGCUGGCCUGCUUGCCAGCGGGGGCGUGUGGACACUGCUGAGUGGAGAUGGGCUGCAGGGAUCACUCUGGACACUUACUUGCCCGUCAAGUCCACCUGCCAGUGUCUGAGGGCAUCUCCUGAGCAAGGACAUUAAAGUGCUUUUGUUGCGUGUC